AUGAGCUUUUUUUCUCCUUAUGACGGGCCUGCUCUUGUUGAAAGGGCUGCUUUCAAUCCAAAAGACGAAUACUUAGUUAAAAGGGCAAUUGACUAUUUGGCUUCCAUAAAUCUUAGCGAAUAUCCAAAUUUACACAUUCUGCUGAAUUCGUCUUAUGUCGCACCUGAGGAAACACUGCGCAGCUUGUUCAAGAAGUCGACAAUAUCUUCCGAAAGUGAUGUGUUGCGUAACAGGAUUAUUUCGCAUAAUUAUUCGGAUGCGAUUGCAAUGCUCGAGAAAGACAGAAACUUCGGUUAUUUACCGAAGCUACAGGCUAUGAUCCAGGUGUUGAUUUUGAGCCAAAACUGGAAGCCUAUUGAUGACAUUGAGCACCGAACUUCAUCCUACGCAAAGGCAAAAAGCGGGGGGCUUGAGAGGAGCGACAGGAGCUCACUUACCAACAUCAGACUUCUCUUAUCUGUGGCAAACUAUUCACAGGGAAAUUAUCUAGAGUGUCUCCGACUGUUCCUGCAAGCAUUGGAAGAAGACCCAUCCGUGGUAGGGUUUUUCGGAGGCCAAUCUCAAUAUUUGAUAUGUACACACGAGGAACUGAUAGCAAUGAUCUCCAUAUCAGCAGUGGUAUCAAUUCCUCUGGAUAAUUAUGAGGAAUUUAUGAACUUGGAAGAACUGGAGCCUUUUCUCCGAAUUGCGCAACCGCUGUCAAAAUGGUUGUCCCAAUUGAUUAAAACCAGCUAUCGCGAUUUCCUGCAAGAAUGGAAUCAGUGGAAUACGGAAUAUAGCCAAAACAUGUUUGUUGCGAAGAGUUGGAGAGAUGCCCAAAAGACAAUGCGAGAUAAAAUAUACUUCUUCUACCUUAGGGUCUCUGCCAAUGUUGAAAUAUCUUACUUGUCUAAGACCUUGCGUAUUGAACAAGACGUGGUGUUUGAAGAAAUACACAAACUCAUCCGAGAAUUAAAGCUGAAUUUUGAGUUCGAUGGGCUCAUUGUAAACUACAGAAGUAGAUAUGACAAUUCAGAGUUAGCCGAGGACUUGCUGAAAUCGAAUCAACUAUUGUGCGAAAAAUUCGACAUAAUCAAAGAGCAUAACGACUCCCUUCGGUGUCAAGUACAGCGCUCAAUCAUAGCGAACAGUAUGCAGCAGAUAGCGGAUAUGAAUGAUUCCAGCCCGGACGAAGAGAAUGGAUGA